AUAGCUGUGAACCCCCCCCAGUUUCCCAAACAAGCUUUUCAAUCCAAGAAGUAUCUUUCUCACUCCAAACACAUCACAACGCCGUCGUAUAAGGGAUAAAGCAAAAACCCUAGGUUUUGUCUCUGACUCGUGCAGCAUAUUGUUAAAUCGAUUGUUGAGUGUGGGAGCACUGUUAAUUCGUUCGCGCGGUGUACGCAAUUUGUCACUUGGAAAGUGGUUGCUGUGUGUAAAAAAGCUGCUGAACUCUGAACUCACUGUGAUGGGUGUUUAUGAACAAGGUUCUGAUAAUUCUGUUAGAAAGAGGAAAAGUAGGAGCAGAGGAGAUGGGUCUAGAUCCAUAGCUGAGACUCUGUCAAAGUGGAAGGAAUACAAUGAGCAUCUUUUCUCUGCAAAAGAUGAUGUUAAAUCAACUCGUAAAGCCCCAGCCAAGGGUUCAAAGAAAGGGUGCAUGAAAGGUAAGGGAGGACCUCAAAAUUCACAGUGUAACUACAGAGGUGUUAGACAGAGGACAUGGGGGAAAUGGGUUGGUGAGAUUAGGGAGCCAAAUAGAGGAAGUAGGCUUUGGUUGGGCACCUUCUCUACAGCCCAAGAAGCUGCUCUUGCUUAUGAUGAAGCUGCUAGGGCCAUGUAUGGUCCUUGUGCACGUCUCAACUUCCCCCACAUCUCAGAUUAUAAUGCUAUCAGAGAAUCGUUGAAGGACUCUUCCUUGGUCUCAACUUCUUCUUGUUCUUCAGUGGCAACUCCUGCAGCCUCCGAUACAACUACUAUAUCCAAUCAUUCAGAAGUUUGUGCGGCUGAGGAUGCUAAGGAGAAACCUCGACCUGUCAUUAUGAACGAUACGCUUAAUGCUUGUCACAAAGCUUAUGAAUCUGCCUCACCAACUAGUAGAAUGAAGCAAGAGCCUAUGGAUGAGCCUGGGGAUCUGACUGACCCUGGUGGUGGGGAAAUCCAACAUGGAAGACCAGAAGGGACUUAUGAUGUCGGGCAGGUUGCCGAGGAUGUAAAUAAAGAUCAGAUGGAUUUUUCGUGGAUUGAUGGCUUUGAUUUUGAUGGUGAUUACUUGAAGAGCUUUUCUACGGAUGAGUUAUUUCAGGUGGAUGAACUUUUGGGGCAUAUAGACAAUAAUCCAAUUGAUGACUCUGGGUUGAUGCAAGGUUUGGAUUUUGGACAAAUGGGUUUUUCUGGGGACAGUAAUUCUCAGGUUGAGAUACCUUCAAGCUUCUUUUAUGAAUUGCAAAAUCCAGAUGCGAAGUUGCUGGGAAGUUUGCCCCAUAUGGAACAGACACCAUCGGGUGUUGAUUAUGGAUUAGAUUUCUUAAAAACAGAAGAGCCAGGGGAAUAUAAUGAUGGAGGGGAAGAGCAGCGAUUUCUUAAUUUAGAUAAUGAUCUGAACCAUGAUUCAAAAGGAAUGCAAGCAAGGAAGGAUGAUUAAAGAAGGCUGCUUGCGUUAGUUUUUAAUGAUGAUGAUGUGUGGAUUUCAGUCAAGGGUCUGCCUCACUUUGUCAAUUUACGAGCAUCAGCUUGUAACUUGUUUCCUUGGUUUUUUGUCUCUUUAGGUAUAUAGGUGCACAAAACAAAUAGAGAUGUUUCUUCUUGUUCUUUUGUUUUUUAAAUAUGCUGAUUCUCUAUAGGGUUUUUAAAUUGGAGAAUAUAGCUAACAUUUGUUUAUUUUUUUACACAUAGUUUGCCUUUUAACUUCGUGGGCGGAUCUGAGGAAUAGGCUACUUAUGGUCCUUUGUGGGCCUAAUACAGCAUUUUGAUCACUGAUCUUGUCUGAAGUUUUCUUGUUAUAUACAACGGAAAACUAGCAUAGCUCGAGUAUAUAAAAUCAUUGUGACU